AUGACACAGGUACUGACCGGGCAUGGAUGCUUUGGAAGGUACCUGUUUCGAAUACCACAAAAAGAGCCAACCCCCGGUUGUCACCACUGUAGCAGCAGCGAGGACACGGCGCAGCACACCCUCGAGCAAUGUCCUGCUUGGGCUGAGCAGCGUCGGGCACUUGCUGUUACCGUUGGUCAGGAUAUGUCGCUCUCAGCCGUAGUUGCCUCUAUGAGUUCGAGCGAAGAUUCUUGGCGCGCCGUCAUGGAUUUUUGCGAAGAAGUGAUGGCGCUCAAAGAGAGCGCAGAGAGAACACGGGAGAGAAGUGACAAUCCUCUACGCGCACGACGAGCAAGGGGCAGAAGAAGGGCACAAUUUGCCCUUCUCCAGCCACCAUGA